GAGUUAGCUAUCUGGCUCGCGCGCGCACUCAGGGCCAACCAUCGCGUUUCAAUCGCAGGGGUCGACAGUUGCAUUUUUGCAGCCGCUUGUGUGCAUCUUGCACUGCAGUGAUAUGUACACUGCUUCAUUCGUCAUUCGUGCAUCACUGCGCUAUUUGGUGCUUGGCGCGCAUAAAAACCCUAACGCGGGACCGCGAGCGCUUUGAGCUAUGAGCAGCCGCGCAGAAUGACCACCGCUUCUUCAACAUCGUCUUGGACUGCCGGGUCCAGUGGGUUCCCUGGCGUAGCGGUUGUGUUCGGCAAGCGUCCGCACGGCUCCCAUGCUUCCGGGCUCGGCGCUCAGCCUCAGCUGCCGCAACGCGUCUUCAAGGCGCAGAAUCGCAUCAAUCGGUAUGGCCAGCCCAGACUGGGCAUGCAGCUGCCCGCGGUUCCGCCGGGAAAGGGCCCCGGCGCAACAUCUUCCUCCUCGUCGGGGCCGAGGCCGAACCCUCCCGAGUUCCACGCCUGGGUGUACCACCAGCUUGGAGGUGGCCUGCUGGAGACCCUGUUGUCCAUCCUGUCCAUCUCGCUAACCAUCGUGCUAGCAGCGGUCAGCAUCAUCAUCCGCAACUCUCAGGCGACCGGCGUGCUGCCCGUAGUCGGCCCCGGCCUGCACGCCACCUGCCCCGCCGCCGCCGCCACCGGCCCCGCCGCCAUCCGCCACGUGCCUGACUCAGUCGAGGCCGCGGCGGCGCGUGUGGCGCGUGCGGGCCGCAUUCCGGCCACCACCGCCGCCGCUUCAACGGCAGGUGCUUCUGGUGCCGCCGGCGCCACCGCCACAGACGGCCGCAGCAGCAUGAGCAGCCCCCCAGCGGCUCUGGCUCCGGAAUCCUCACCGGCGGAUGACGCCUACGACACGCCCUGGACCGACUUGGCGCGUUGGGCGGCCUACUGCCUGCAGUUCCAGGCCACAGCCGCCGACCAGGCCACCGAGCAGGCGGCCGAGCCCGCCGCCGCAACGGCCGCCGCCGCCGCCGCCAGCACCACCCCCUCCGCCGCCGCCGUCAGCACCGACACCGGCAACCACGCGAACGCCGCCGCCGCCGGUGCCAAGAUGCUGCAUGACGCGCUCAAGGCUUCACGCGCGGCCACGGCGCCAGCGCCGGACGCGGCAGGUGGCAGCAGGUCGACACAGCAGGAGGCGUCUGCCUCAGCAGCCACCACCGCCAUGACGAGCGGCAGCGCCGCCAGCGCCGCCACCGCCACCACGGGCCGGGGCGCUCUGGUCCGCGGCGCACGUGCGGCUGUGCGGCUGUCCGUGGGCCUGGUGGAGUUGCCCCUGCGCGUGGUGGAUUGGGCGCUGCAGUUCGACAGCGCGCCGCCGCUGGUCGCGCCCACGUCUGCCGCCGCCGCCGCCGUCGCCGCCAGCCCAUCGGCGCCGGCCACGACGCCUUUGGCCACGACUGCCGACCGGCGCGGUGCGCCACCGCCCCCCACCGCCGCGACCUCCACCACCACCACCGCCAGCCCCCUCAACGCGAUGGGAACCAGCGACGUCCCCGCCCUGUCCCCGGCAGAGGCGGGCGCCGAGGCCGCCGCCGCCGCCUGGCAGCGGCUGCUUCAGCAGAUGGACGAGAUAAACGCGGCCACCCUAGCCGCGGCCGCCGACGGCGCCGCCGCCGCCGCCGCCGCCGCCAGCGCCAGCAUCAACGCCGUUGUCGACGCCGCUGCUGCCGAUCAGGCUGCUGAGAACGGUGCCGCCGCCGCCGCCGUUGGGGCUGGCGCCGACGCUGACGCCGGCGUGAACAUGCUGGCGGCGGCGGCCGCGCCGCCGCCGCUGCCGCCGCUGCGCUCCUGGCAGGCGACCAGCGAGGACACCGAUGCGACCCCAGCGGCAGCGGAGGACGCAAGUGGCGGCGUCGGCACCACUGCCGUGCAGGCGCUGCGUGACGCGGCGGCCGGGGUGCGCGGCGCGGCGGCGGCGGUUGCCGACGCGGCGGCUCAGCGGCUGGCUGUUUACGGCGCCGGCCCUUCGCCAACCGCCGACGCCGUUACCCCCCAGGCCGUGUCCUCCCUGCCCGGCCGCGCCACCACCGCCGUGUACGGCCUGGCGCUGGGGUCGUGGCUGGUGGCCUGGUCGCUGGUGCUGCUGGGCCGCGCGGCGGCGAGGGCGGCAGGCGCCGAGGCGGGCCGCGUGGCGGGCGGCAAGGCGGCGGCGGCGAGGCGACGCAGCGGCCCUAGCCCGCGCGAAUACUUCGGCCCCUUCUACAACAUGGCGGCGGCCAUGGGACCAAGCUACCCCCGCACCUGCGUGCCCGUGUGCACGCCCGCGCCGCCGCCACUGGCCCUGCCACGCAUCGCACCGCCACCGCCACCGCCGCCGCCUCCAGCGCCGCCUGCUAGCACGGCGGCGCCAACGGCUGUUCCGCCCGCAGGCGCUGCAGAGCAGAGCACGCCGCCGCCCACCAACGGCGGAGGCAGUGCCGCCGCGCCACCCACACCGAGCGGCGCCGUCACCCACCUGAACGCCGCCGCUGCUGCCGCGCCAGCGCCUGCGCCAGCGGCGGAGCCGGCGCCGGCAGCGGACCUCUCCGCCAUGGCCAGCCUGCUGCGCAAGAGCCCGCCGCCGGCCUCCCGCAGCGGCUGGGGCGCCAGCCCCGCCGCCGCCGCCGGCCUGCGGCCCAACCCCGCCGUCCUGCCCACCCCCGCCACCGCCGGCCCGCCCAGCCUUACGGCGGCGGCGAUCGCUAGCACUGCCGCCGCAAGGGGCAGUGCCAACAGGCAUCAGCCGCCGCGUACGGCGAAGGACGGCGACGACGACGCCGCUGGCGCUACCACGCGGCGUGUGCUGACACGCCGCCGCUUCCGUGCCGGGGCAUCACCGUCGCCUGCUGCGAUGGAUGCACAGGCGCCGCCGUCAGGAAGCGGGGCUGCGGGCGGCAGUCGCAGGAGCCUCGACAGUAGCAGCGGCAACAGCAGCAGCAGCAGCCCGGCGGCUGCCUCAGUGCCACUGCCGCUGUCCUCCCUGGCGGCUGCGGCCAACGCCGCCGCAACUGCUGCGGCCGCCGCGGCCGGCGUUACGCCAACAUGUCCGCCGCCACCAGCCCCGCCGGCGGCUGGUUCGAUGCAUGCACCUGCAAAGCAGGAGCAGCAGCCCAUGCCGCAGCAGCCUAAGCCACAGCAACAGGCACAGCAAGCGCAGCAGCUGGGGGGCCCGGCGCCACUGCGGGCGCCAUACCCGGGCAGGUCUCAGCGGCUGGCGGCGACGGCGCAGUCGCAGGCAGUGCAGGAGCAGCUGCCGCAGCGGCUUGGGCACGGCUCGGUGGACCCAAUGCAGUCGGAUGUGUAUCUGCUGGCAGAUCAGCAGCGGACGGUGCAGGAGGCGGCGCCGCCACCGCCGAAACAGCAGCAGGCCCGCAUACAGGGCGAGGGCGCCAGCGCCAUCCCGCCUGCUGACCCGGCCGCCGAGGGCGAGGUGUGGCAGAUGGGUGACGCAUGCGAGCUGGCGGUGCCCCUGGCAGUCCCCCUGGCGGUGCCCCUCGCGGUGCCGCUGCCGCCCGCACGGCCGCUGCCGCCGUCGGGUGCGGAGCUGGACGCCAUUGAGCAGGAGCAGGAGAAGGAGAGGGAGAAGCGCGGCAGCGAGCAGGCGACAGGAGGUACGGACGUCGUCGCCACCCUCGGCCCGCAGCCCUCAGGCUCGGCGCUGGUGGAGGUCCGCUACGACACAGCCACACGCACCCUGACCUGCACCCCCACGCCGGCGGUGGCAGGCGGUGACACCGCCGCAGCCCCAGCACCCGCAGCCGUGGCGGUGCCCCGCGCCGCUGCUUCAGCUGUUACGGCUGCCGCGGCUGCGGCUGGUGCAGCCGAAAAGACGCCUUCCUCCGCUCCUGCCGCCUCGGCGCCGGCGAGCACUGCCGCCGGUGAGGAGCAGCCGCAGCCUCCGGCUGCGGCGUCGGCGGCGGGUGUGCCGGAGGCCGAUGAGGCGGCCCCACAGUUUCCCGCUGGCGUGGGCAGCCCCGAGCAGCGCAUGUACUGGCAGCAGCUCGGCCGCCAGAGCCGGCCGCAGCCGAAGCCGCUCAGCCCGGAGGAUCCACAGCUCGGGGAAAAGGUGCGGCAGUGUGUGGAGCAACACCUGAAGCAGAAGGAGGUGGAGCCGCAGGAGCCGCGGGAGGUGGAGCAGCAGGAGCAGCUGGAGCCGCAGGAUGAGCGGCGGCGGCGAUUGCAGCAGCAGCAGCAGCAGCAGCAGCAGGAGCUGCGGGAGCAGGUGAAGCAGGAGCUGAAGCGGCGGCGGUCGCAGGAGCAGCUGCGGCGGGUCAACGCGGAGGUGGACCGGCUGGAGGAGGCGCGCCGGCAGGAGGAGCGGGAGAAGCGGGAGCAACGGAGGCGGCAGGCCAGGGCGCAGGAGCGGGAGCAGGCGGCGAUGGAACUGCAGCAGGUGCGGCUGGCGCAGCUGGAGGCGCAGGCGGCGAAGGCCGCCAAGGACGCCGCCGCCGCUAAGGCGACCCUGGAUGCGAUGGAUGCCUUAAUGCAAAAGGCGACGGAGGCAGCGGCGGCGGCGGCGGAGGCAGCCACCGGCCCGGUGCUGCAGGCGGACAUGGGGCCGGGUGCGGUCGCGGCGGCGGCGGCCGGCGCGGCGGCGGCGUCGCUGCUGCCGGCUCUGGUGCGCCGUGAGGAGCGCCGCAUUGUGAAGGCGCCGCCGCCGCCGCCGCCGCCCGCCAGGCAGCAGCCGCUGCCGCAGCAGCUGCUGUCGUCACGCAAGGGCCGCGCGGGCAAGGGCGGCGCGGGCAACAGCAGCCUGGCCGGCCCGGCGGGCCCCGGCGCCGCAUCGACGGCGCCCCAGGCGAAGGCGCAGCAGCUGCACAGCCAGACCGUCAACGUCAUGAUUGACGCCGCCGCCUCUGGCGCGACGCAGCCGGUGCAGGUGGAGGCGACGGCGGCGGCGCCGCCGGCGGCGCUGCUGCGGCCUCCCUCCCGCUCGCUGGAUGUGCCCGUCGGCCGCGCGGCGCUGGAGGGCAUGCGGGCGCAGCCCAGGCCGCCGUCGCGCGGGGCCCUGGCGGCGCCGCCGGCUGUGCAGCAUGAGGAGUGGGCGCAGCAGCAGGACGAGCAGCGGCCGGCGGUUGUGGGGGCGCCAGCGUCCAGCCCGCGCGCCGCAGCCGCAGCGCCGGCUGACAGCACUUCCGCGGCAAAGGAGGCCGGUUUUAAGGCGCUGGAGGCGACGGCGUCACUGCAGGAGGCUCCGCAGCAGGCACAGCGGGCCGCGGUCAAGGAAACGGCAGCGGCGGAGGCCAAGGAGGCCGUUAAGUCGGCGGCGGCGGCCGCAGUGGCGGAGUUCGCGGCAGCGGCCGAGGAGGCGAUGGCAGCGGCUGAGGAGGCGGAGACAGCGGCGGUAGAGGCAACGGCAGCGGCUGAGGAGGCAACGGCAGUGGCGGCGAAGGCAGCGGCUGAGGAGGCAGAGGCAGCGGCUGAGGAGGCAGAGGCAGCGGCUGAGGAGGCAGAGGCAGCGGCUGAGGAGGCAGAGGCGGCGGCUGAGGAGGCGAAGGCGGCGGCGGUGCCCGCCUGGUCGUACUACACGGCUCAGUACAACGGCAUGAUCGCCUCGGAGCUCAAGCCGUACAGGGCGGUGGCGGACAUGUGCUGGACGGACCUGCGCCCCAACGCCUGGCAGCCAGCACCGCCCACCGCCGCCGCCGCCAGCGGCGCAACCGCGGUCGCCAGCGGCGCCGCCGCGGCGGCGGCGGCGGCGCCGCCUCCGGCGGAGACGACAGCGGCCCCCGCACCCGACACCGUGCCAGCUGCCAACGACGCCAGCGCCAGCGCCACCGCAACAGCUAGCCCUACCAGCACCACCGCCACCAGCACCACCACCACGAUCAACACCACCACCAGCAGCAACAGCCGGCGCCUGAUGCCCGACAUCUCCGCCUACGCGCGCUUUACAGGAGUGCGCGAGCUGGAUCGCGCCUUCCCCACCACCGGCGGCGCCGUGCCUGGAUCUUGGAUCUCGGGCGGCGUGCUCCGCAUGCCGCGCCGUGCCAGCAUCGACGGCGGCGCCGGCAGCGCCAGCGAGGGCGAGAGGGAGUCUGCUACUCGCAGUGCCAAUGCGGCUGGUGCGUCGGGGGCUGCGGAGGGCGCUGCCAGCAGCAGCAGUAGCAGCAACAACAAAAGCGACAGCGCUGCGGCCGCCGCAGCGCGGCGCCGCAGCUUCCGCGCGCGCGUCGCGACGCUGCGCUCGCAGGGCCAGGUGGCCGCGGGCGCGGCGGCGGCGGCAGCCGCCGCCAGCGCGGCCGCAACCGCCGCCGUCUCCACCCUCAACGGCCAGAGCGUUGACGACUUCUACCGCCCCCUGCCAUCGCCCUCGGCGUCGGCGUCCGCGUCCUCCGCUGCCUCGGCAGCAUCUGCUAUUCCGGCCGCCGCCGCCGCCGCCAUCCAGGCCGAGCUGCUGGCGGCCGCCGCCGCCGCUGCCGCGGCGUCGGAGGUGCUGGUGUUCAGCCUGCCGCCGGCGACGCUGCCGCUGCUGGUGCAGGAGCCCGAGCAGCAGGAGCAGCUGCUAACGCAGGCUGUCGCUGAGGCGAAGGCAGCGGCAUCAAUCCUGCACCAGCACCAGGAGGAGGAGCAGGUUGCAGCCGAGCCGGAGUUGACGGAGGCAGAGCUGCACGAGCUGGCGGCGCUCGCCGCCGCCGCCAGCGGCGCCGCCGCCACCGCCGCCACCGCCGCCGCCGCUGCAGCCUCGGCCGCCUCCGCAGCCGUUGCGGCUGCUGCCCGCGAGGUCGUCAGUGCCGCCGAGGCACCGGGGGUGGGAUCCGAGGCCCAGAGUGCCGCCGCCGGGCCAUCGGCGGCGGCGGCGGCGCCCGCGGACGCGGUGCCGCGGUCGGAGCAAGCGCUGGAUGAGCUGUACUCGCAGUGGGUGGCGGACUGGGAUGCCAUGAUGAAGUGGGAUGAUGUUCACUAUUCCCCUGUUCCAGCUACUGCCGCCACUGCCGUCACUGCGGCUUCGCCGGCGCCGGCCUCAGAGGCGCCCGCGUCAAGCCAGCCGCAAUCCGCCGCGUCCACCAGCAGCAGCUGCAACGACAGCAGCACCAGCGGCAGCAGCAGCACGCAGCCGCGCAAGGCGGCGGCGAUGCCUGAUUUCGACGAGUGGGCGGCUGAGAUGAGUGCCUUGGUGGCGCUGGCUGCCGCCGCCAACGGCGCCGCGCCGGUGCCGGCGCUCGCCGCACCCGCCGCGCCCGCAGCGCCAGCGACCGCCGAGAGUGCCACUAGCGAUGGCUCUGUGGUGGCUCCGGUCUCUGCGCCGCCGCCGCCGCCGCCGCCGCCGCCGCCGUCGCACCAGCUGGAGGUGGCGGGCGGAGGCCACUACGUGCCGCUGGCCGCCGCCGCCGCCACCUUCAACAUCCCCAAGGUCAGCGCCGCCGCCGCCGCCGCUGCCGUGGCCGCCAAGGUUGCGGCGACGGCGGCAGCGGCGCCCUCUGUGCCCGUGGCGGCGCCCGCCCUUCCUGGUGCCGGUGUCGGCGACGGCGACUUUGUUGACGCCGUGCUGCCGCCGGCACCGCCGGCGGUGCCUGAGCUGACUGACGCAGACAUCCUGAUGGCGGCGGCGGCGGCCGCGCCAGCGGCGCUGUCGGCAGCGGCGCUGCAGGCUGCGGCGGCGGAGCCGCUGCUCCCGAUCUCGCCCCCGCUGUUGGUGGCCGAGGAGGCGCAGGAGGCGGAACCUAAGGAUGCCUUGACGGCGGGGGCUGUGGACAACGAGUUCAGCGAGGAGGAUCUGGAUCUGGUGGCGUGGCUGGCCAGCGCCUUUGGAACCAGCAGCGCCGAUGAGGACAUUGAUGACGGCGGCGAUGACAUUGCUGCUCUGGAGGCCGAGGCGGCGCCCUACCUGGCGGACAAUGCUGCGGAGGCCGAUGCAGUUUCUGGAGUGGAGGAGGCGGAGGAGGACGAGGACAUUGACGUGGACCUGUGGAGCUGGCUGGUGGGCGAGCUGGCAGACGAGCAGCAGCCGGCGCCCGCCGCCGCCGCCGCCGCCACCGCCGCCGCCGACAACAAUGACGACAGCGUCGCCGGCGGCGGCGCCCUUGCGCCCACAGCUAGCGGCGCUGCCGUCAGCAGCGCCGCCGCGGCCACAGCCGCCACCGCCGCCGCCACCGUCGUCGGCGCCGCCGUCACGCUGGGUGGUGACGUUGUCUUGGCCGCCGCCGACGACGCCACCAUCUACCCCAGCAGCGCCGCCGACGCCGCUGUCACCACCGGCACCAAGCCGGCCGCUGACGCCGACGCCGCCAGCACGUCGGUCCUGGAUGCUGCUGCCAAUGCGCAGAGCGUGGCGGAAGCGGCGGUUGCCGCCGCCGCGGACGCCGCUGCGGCUGAGGACGUCGACAUCUGGAGCUGGUUCGUGGGCAAUGUCGAGCUGCCGCCGGCAGCGGCGACCGCCGACGGCGCCGCGGCGGAGGCCGCUGACGCCGCUUUCGCUCCUGACGCCACCGCCGCCGCCUCCGCCAUCCAGGCCGUUGACGCUGUAGCAGCGCUGCUGAAUGCCCCUGCCGACGGCGCCGCCGCCAACUCCGCCGCAUUGGAGCCCAGCAGGGCUAACGACGACGUGGGCCAGGACGUGGACAUCUGGAGCUGGCUGGCGGGCGAGGAGGCCGCACCGGGCGACGCCGCCACCGCCGCCACCGCGGGCGCCCACGCCGCUGUUGACGGCACCGGGACCCUGGACGCCGCAACCUUCACCAGCGCUGACGCUGGCUCCGCUGCCGCCGAGCCCAUUUACGCUGACGUGGACAUCUGGAGCUGGCUGGCGGGCGAGGCCAGUGCCGAGCCCGUACCUGAGACGACGCAGCAGCAGCAGCCGCAAGGCGUGGACGCUGGCAGUAGCAUCAUCGGCGGUACGGACGGCGGCAGUAGCAGCAGCGCCAGCGCCAGUGUGCAGCAGCUGGUGGCGGCGCAGGCGGCGCCCGUGGACGCCGCCCUGCAGCAGCUACAGCCGGGGUCGCCUGGCGAUGCCGCCACCACUGGCAGUAGCAACAGCGGCAGCGGCAGUAGCGGAAGCGCCAACGGCGGCGCCUAUCUUACGUACGGCCCAGUGACGGUGGCGGCUGCGGGCGUGUCCGGCCCGGAGCUGGUCCUGGAGGAGGCGGCCGAGGAGGCGGAGGAGGUGGAGGAGGAGGCGAAGGAGACGGAGGUGGUGAAGGUGGAGGAAGAGGGCGACGGCGUGGACGUGCCGGUGCCGGGCUUUGAGGACUACCUCGACCAGCUGCUUGGCCCCUCGCCCACCUGGGAGCCCGCCGCCGCUACUGCCACCGUUGCUACUGCUACUGCCGGCGCCGCGGGCGCCGGCGGUGAGGAGCAGGAGGCGGCGCCGCCGCCGGCUGGUGCCGGCGGCGCCCGCGGUGGCGUCGUGGGUGAGGACGUGGACGUGGGCUUGAUGUGGAUUUGAAGCGGCUGGACCCGUCGCAGCCGCACAGUGGCUGUGAGAGGAGGCGAAGGGGAGGCGGAGGGGAGGCAGCGUGAGAGCUGCACUGAGUAUGACAGCAGCGCGGGGCGCCGGAAGAGCAGGGAAGGGAAGAGAAGAGAAGAGCAGGGUGUGAAAGGGAGUUUGAACACAGCAGGCGAGUGACUUGCUGAGGCAGCGAACACACUACUGGUUGUGCAGGGAACUAGGACUUGGGAACACGUGUAGCUGGCUCGAAUGGAGUUCUUUGAAUACCGUGUCAUACGCAUGGAUUGACGCAUGCGUAUGUGUGUGCGUGUGCGUGUGCUUUUUGGCACAGCAAGGCACAGGCCCACGGGCAGCGGCCCACACAGCGUUCAGCCUGUUGCGUUGAAGAGAGAGGAAUGCGUGUGGCGGGGCUGCUUGUAUGCGGGGUGUGGGUCGAGGGGGGAGGGUCCCGGUCGCCCAGCCAUGUGGGUUGGUUUGGUUUGGUUGGUUGGUUGACAGCAAGCACACCACACGGCAUCCAGUUGCAACAGUGUGCAGCAGUGGGCGAGCCCUUCAUGUUGAUUGAGCGGAGAUUCUCUUCUGUGGCGGCGUAUUCCGCCGUUCCGCCUUGAGCCACACAUGCAGCAGCCAAAUGCGCCGCCCGAAAUGUGUGUUCUCUACUGGUUGCAGGCGACGUUGUACCACCAUUGCAAUACCGCGGGGGCGUGUGUAACUUGUAUAGUUUGCUUUUGUGUAUACUUCUUCUUUGCAUGUAUCAUAGUUGAAGCACGGUAUUGCUUGCUGAGGGUAGCGAGGAAACAGCAUGUUGCCGACGCCGCAGGGGGCUGGCUGCCGGGGCAGGCGGCGCUGCUGCUGGCUGGUCCUGCGUGCGUGCAGGCUGGUGUGGUAAGAAUCGGCAGGUACAUUUGAAUAUGUAGCGGAUAGCAGGCGGAAUAGAAGGCAGGAGUGGGGCCGGCGCGCCCCGCCGCCGUGUACCAAUACAAUCCUAUUGUACAUUUAUGAUGAGGAGACAAGUUACAGAUUGUGCAAACCGUUUGCGCAACAGGGGGAUGGGGACUGACAUGAUUGUGAAUAAGUCACAAGUUGCAGAGUAGCCGCAGCGGAGGUACCGUAUCUUAGCCAGUGGUAGCUGGGAGAGCGGUGCAGAACUGUAGGUUGCUUGUGCCGGGCAACGGCCCACGGAUGGGGUGCGUGGUCUGGCGGUCGAGACAAGAACUGUAAUGGAAUGCGCGG